AUGACCUAUUACAUCCAAACAGGGAUAUUGCUGCUCGUGUGCACAUCAGCUGUACAAGGGACUGGCAGGAAGCUGCUGUACGAGGACACCCAGACCGCGUCCUUCUCCGGCGGCGCGGCGGCAGCGCAGCAGCAGGGAGCCGGCAGCAGCGCGGCGGCAGUGCAGCAGCAGGGAGCCGGCAGCAGCGCGGCGUACCAGUCCAGUCAGACGGCAGGUGCCGGCUCGCAGGCGGCACCUGCUGGCAACACGUGGCAGGACGCUCUGGGCACAAUUCAGCGCAGCGCCGCAGCCGCUCUGAACGCCAACAGCGCCCCCGUGCAGCAGCUGCAGCAGACAACGCAGCAGGCGGCCGGCGCCACAGGGACCCAGACCACACCAAAGAAUGUGCUUGUGGACUUGGCCCCGGGUGCGACCGUGGGCUUUGGCAACCAGAACGGCUACCCCAAAAUCUCCGCGCAGGCCCCCGGCAGCGGCUUCUCCGUUGCGCAGGCGCCUGGCAAGGCCAACCCGGACGUGUCCUUCAAGGUGGGGCCGCAGGACUCCCCAGUGGCAGUCACCCUGGGCCAGCAGCCCGGCCUGGACGGCGGCGCCGACAAGGAGGAGAGCGGCCUGAGCGGGACGUUGAACCUGGGCCACUACGGCGUGAGCCAGUCCAACAGCUUUGAGGCAAUCAAUAUCAACCCAUCCGCCACCGAGCUUAUCACCCCCUUUGCCAAGCUCAGCGUCCCCUACAAGGCGUUCACAUCCGUGGGCCCGGCGCUGCAGCAGAUCCCGGGGCAGCUUGCGCAGCUGACGCGCGUGUUCCAGGUUCAGAGCACCGCGUCAGCCCCGGCCCCCGCCGUUUCAGCGGCGCUGGCGCCGUCCGCAGGCAUUGCCUCCCAGGCCGCGCCCUGAUCUGGCAAGCCGCACCUCGUGUCCUGUUCAGGCUUCUGCGCGGCUGGAUGCCUGAUCAGGUGGACUGCGGAAUGCGCCCUCCUCAGGCAGCGGCCUACCCUGGCAGGCUUGGCUGGAUGCCUGUUCAGGCAAUGGACACCUCCUGCUCUGUUAAGGCUGCAGAGGUGCUCAUAGGCUGAUGAAAGGAUAUAGCCGGGGCACGAGAUCUAGCCUGUCAGGCGAAGAUUAGGGGGGCAGAUUGAUGUUCAAACAGCCUGACGGAGCCGAAUGACUUGCAAUGCGGAGCUGCACAUGCAGGUAAAAGGCAGUGUUAGAUUGCUGUGCAGUCAAUGGGGUGUAGGCAGUUCAGGGAUUGAGCAGCAGCUUGUUCUGGUUAGCAAGAGCACCUAAACUAAACCUGUAGCAACCGAUGAGCGUAAGGACUAAAGUAUUGCAGACAAGUCAUUUACGCUGCGGUUUAUCAAAAAUAACGGACCUGUCAACACCUUGACAACCGUUGCAACAAUUGUGACUGGUUUGGCUGUUUGCAUUGCUGACCUAUGCAAGACUAACAGCAUGGCGAGAACGGUUGAAAUUCUGCCUUGGUAGCUUUUUAAUGCAUGCCAAGUCAGGUAUUCACUUUGCAAGUCAGUCACAAAUAUAUCAGAAAGUUGGCAGUUGCUUCAAUUGAGAGGUGAUUAGUUUGCCUUAAUCCUGGCAGAACACAUGAAAUCCAAGUGGUCG